ACUUAUUGGUAUUUUUAUUAUUAUUGCAGUUCUUGCAGACUAAUAAAGCCAGAAAGGAUUCUUCCUAAUCAAAUAUCACUUCAAUCCACCUGGAUAGGCCCCUCUCAAUCUUCCCACGUGUAAACCAAUCCUCACACGUUCUACCUUUCCCUCUCCCCAAAACCCUCUUCGUCGCUCGCUGUCUCUUCUCUCUCUCUCUCUCUCUCUCUCUCUCUCCUGUUUUUUAUACUUGAGCUUCCAUGCCCUAUUUCAGUGCAACAACUACACUGCUCUCUCUCUCUCUCCCUUAUAAAUAUCUUUCUUCUUUUACAACAAGCAGCCAGUAAAUUUCAUUGUUGCUGGAAUCUCUCAUGCACCAAAAAAGCAAUUAACCUACCUGUUCACCGUAACUGUAAUACGGACACACAGAGCGAGUGGCGGUACGGUCCAAACACUGCUUGAUAGAAAGAGUAAGGAGUCUAUUCAAGAAAAAAAAAAAAAAGACGACAGAGAUGGAAAAUGGCGGUAACGUGUACUGUGCUCACAACGACCGUAACAGAGGCCAGCAAAAUGGUAAUACUAAUCUUCUAUGGGAUAUGUGGGAGCCUAAUAGUUCAAGAUUUGACUGGACUAACACCAGUAAUAGUAGCACCACCGCCAUUGCUGCUGCCACGACAACCACUCCUGGGGAAAGUACCAACUCUACGCACCCAGAAGCCGCUUCAACCCACGCGCUUGUGUUACCUAAUGAGAACCUGUACCUCCACCACUACCACCACCACGAGGAUCACUAUCAGCAGCACUCACUUUACGGUGGUGAAGGGUCCAACUUGCAUCCGGACCCGCAUUUAAUGUGCUUGAAGCUUGGGAAACGGCACUAUUUCGAGGAUAAUAUCGCCGUGGGGGAGCGGCAGGUGGCUAGCUUGUGUAUUGGGAAAAAAAAGAAGUCCUACUAUAGUGUGGUGGAUGGCGGUACUGUGAGACCAUUAUCGUCUGCGGCGGGGGAGGUGGUAGCUGCCGCAGCUGUGCCGAAGUGUCAGGUGGAGGGUUGCCACGUGGUUUUAGUCAACGCCAAGGAUUAUCAUAGAAGACAUAAAGUGUGUGAGAUGCACUCGAAGGCUCCCAAGGUAACCGUUCUAGGGUUGGAGCAGCGCUUUUGUCAGCAGUGUAGUAGAUUUCACGUAGUGUCGGAGUUCGACGAAUCAAAGAGGAGCUGUAGGCGGAGAUUGGCAGGUCACAAUGAGAGAAGAAGAAAGAGUGCUCACGAUUCUGUUUCCAGGAACUCUUGCCCAGAGAAGUUGAUGGCGAGAAGAAUCCCUUGCUUGGCAUCAACAACAGGCCGUGCUCUCUCUCUUCUGUCAUCGAAAGAAGAUUCUUGGGUUUCUUCCUCUGAUCUAUCUUCAAGAUCCAGUGCUGCAUUACGUGAAUUGAUUGCAGAAAACCGUGCUGCAAUCUUGGCUAGACAGCUCGUUCUUGAUCGACACUGGCACCAUAACAAUAACAAUAAUGAUAAUGGAAUGGAAAACUUAGGUGGACGUCAUCAGUCCUCCCAAGCUAGCUCCAAUAGUUGUUUCGUUCCGCACCAACAUCAAAUCUUAGCGGAGUCACAAAAUUGGGGAAGGUUCCAUGAUAGUGGCACACAACUUACCCUUGACCUCAUGCAAGCUCCAAGUUCAGCAUUCGGAUUCUUGCCUACGAGAGCUAAAAAUACUAAAGAUGAAGAAGAAUCAUGCGCUGAGUUAUGGGAUACUUGGGCAGGAGCCCACAUUUAAUGGAGAAAUUAAUUUUAUACUCAAAAUAUAGAUAUAUAUUAGCAUGAUUGAAUUUGCGUUUGGUAGUAUUGAGUUCAGAACAUUUAUUUGUUUCACGAGUUGUACUUGAGUUUAAUCAGUAUGAUCUGAUUCAACUGUGUAUAUUUACUGUCGUUUAAUUGUAAUUAAUAGUAGCCACUGAUUCUGAUAUGGGUCGAGCAGGGUUUGAGCAGCCCAGACUGAUUCAGUAAUUUUGGACCUAAGCUCGGCCUGACCCGGUUCAACUAUCUAGGCUAGUGUUUUUUAUUCCAAGUGCACACAUGCUACUCCAAAGAAGAGAAAGUGUCCUUUUUUUGCCGGAAAGGGUAGGAGAUUCCAGGACAAGCACCCAUGAUGGUUACACGACCAGUUGUUUUCUAGCUUCGAAGUUAUUUGGUACUCAAGGCUUAGGAAUUAUGCCUUUAUCUACGGAAAAUGAAAACAAAAACGGCUCCAUUCACAAUUUCAUCCUUUGUCUUGUCAAUAACAGUUACAGUUCUUUUUCCCUUUUUUUCUA